AUGAAAAGACACAUAAAAGUUGAAUUCGAUCCUAUAGGUCUGAAAGAUGUACGCGUCGUUUUGGCCUUAGACUUUGGAACGACAUAUUCGGGUUUUUGUUUCGCAAAAGUCAAAGGAGAAAGAGACGAAGAAAUAAUCUCGUUUCGAAAGAUUCCUACAUCAUUACAAAAUGAUGGUAGUGAUAAAGAUGUGGAUGAAGUUAAUUCUAUUUUGGUUGAAAUGUCAGGCAAACGGAUGGAUUUUGAUACGAUGCCAGUUCCUAUUGAACCGUUUAAACUUGAUUUUAUGAAUGGCGAUCUUCCAACCAAUCAAAAAAUAACAGAAUAUCUUCGUUACUUGAUGACAUCUAACAUGACAUUAUUUUUAAAUUCUGAAAAUCCACAUUAUAAUGUUAUUAUAGAAAACGAAAUUAGAUAUGCAAUGAGAAUUCGUUGGCCUAAACUUGAUUUUUUCGAUCAAGUAUUACUUGUAGUAACUGUACCAGCAGAAAUUUCGGAAGAAGCCAAAGCGAUUAUGAGACUUUGUCUAAUGGACGCCAAUUUUAUUGAUAGACCUGGUACUCAAAAACUGCAAUUCAUCAGUGAAC